UGGUUCUCUCUAUAUAUAGGGCUAGUCUCCUACCAACUUUACACCAAGAAAAAACACAACAAACAACUUCCUUGAAACAAAUUUAGUCUCUUCUGCUCUUAUUAGCAGAUAUGGCACAACGUCUUGCUAGGAACAAUGGACGGGAAGUACAAGACCGCCUCAAGAAGAUCGGAGAGGAAGGCUUUGCUGCGAUUCAGGAGUUAUACGGAAACCAACCUGGUAGGCCUACCAGAGGGCUACAUGCUCAACCUUCUAAACCACAUCAAUAUCAACAGCAGCAGCAGCAACCAUGUGUGUAUUAUGGCCCCCAAGUUUUCACAGUGAAACAAAAGCCUGUUAUAAGUAGUGAUCAGUCUGCUGAAUACUAUGGUGCGCCUCAAGUUCUCAAGGUGAGGCAGCAGCCUGAAAUCAAUAGCGAUCAGGCUGCCGAAUUGUAUGGUGGGAUGGUUUUUGUGGACCAUCUCGCCAGGCCUUAAUUCGCGGAAGGUAGUUUAUGCUGUAUAGAUAUUGCUACUAAGCCUAGUCUAACUACCACUUGUGUUUAUAUAUAUUAGAUUGGAGUAACGAUGAGAGUACUAAAAAGCUUAUGCAAGUACCCCGCUGCUCCCUCUUCUAUAUAUGAAUAUGUAUAUAUGUAUACGCCUUUUCUCUGAUAUAUAAGAGUGAAUAUUUCUGUCUA